AUGGAUGAGGAUGACACCCAGGAUAUCACUAAUGACCAGGACAUUACUGAUGUGACCAGGGAUCCAGUCCACCUGAUUAUUCUGUCUCACUCCUACGACUCUCGGUCAUUUGGAGGGCUCCUUAUCCCUGGUUCUAUAACUGGUGACCCAUAUGCUCCAACCUGGUGGAAGCAGUUGCUAGCAGGAGGGAUAGCUGGAGCAGUGUCCCGCACCUCGACUGCCCCCCUUGACAGACUCAAAAUCUACAUCCAGGUGUAUGCUGCAAAACAUCAUCUGAACUUGUUGGGCAGCUGGAAGGCGAUGGUGGAAGAAGGUGGCUACCUCUCACUCUGGAGGGGCAAUGGAACGAAUGUGACAAAAGUUGCCCCAGAGACUGGCAUCAAGUUUCUAGCUUAUGAGAAGUAUAAGAGGUUUUUUGAUGAUAGCCACUCCAAGCUCGAUCUGCACCAACGUUUCAUCGCAGGGUCUCUCGCUGGAGUUACUGCUCAGACUAUUGUCUAUCCAAUGGAGGUACUGAAGACAAGACUGGCACUGGGGACCACUGGGCAGUACAAGGGCAUCAAUGACUGUGCAAGGAUCCUUAUCAAAAAUGAAGGCAUCACUGCCCUCUACGUAGGAUACGUGCCAAACCUCCUGGGCAUUAUCCCUUAUGCUGGGAUUGAGCUUGCUGUCUAUGAAAGUGUGAAGAAAGCCUAUUGUCAGGACUAUGGCCAAAACCCAAGUGAGCCUGGAAUCUUUGUUCAUCUCGGCUGUGGCACCAUUUCCAGCACCUGUGGUCAGUUGGGCAGCUACCCCCUGGCACUUGUGAGGACCAAGAUGCAAGCACAUGCCAUUGUCAGAGGUGGGCCCCACGUGAGCAUGCAUAAUCACUUCUACAACAUAAUCCGAGAAGAGGGCUUAUUUGGUCUUUAUCGAGGAUUCACACCUAAUUGCAUUAAAGUAGUCCCUGCUGUCAGCAUCAGCUUCGUCGUUUAUGAGCAAAUGAAAAACGUCCUCGGCCUCAACUCAAAUUAA